UAGUCAGACAUGUUGGAGUACUUUGUCCUGAAUUUGACCAGUGGCAGAAACAGCUCGAAUACCAGUACCCAUACCAAUACCAAAUCUCAGAUGCAUGAAAACAAUGAGUGCCUGUUCCAGCGUUCGACACCGUCCGUGACGUUAUUCCUGAUCUAUGGCCUGGCUGUGCCCACGUUGUCCUCCUUUGGACUGUGCGCGAAUCUAAUCAACGGCGUGGUCUUCAUGCGGCCCAAGAUGACACCCUCGGCCUUCACGUACCUGGCUGCGUUGUCCUGGCUGGACUGCGCGUCCUGCCUGCUGAUCACAUUGACCGCACUCUCGCGCAGCUACUUCUACCGGAGUCCCGCCUGGGUGGCCUACGACUAUCAGUGGCAGACGCCGCUCUUCGGCAUCAGCACGGGCGCAGCGAAUCUGAUACUCGCCUUUGUCAGCCUCGACAGAUUCAUCUAUUUGUCUCGGUUUGCGGCCAGCAAUGGAGCACCCAGGUUUUGUCGUCGCAAGGUGGCUCGCCUAAUGAUCUGCUUGGCCAUACUCAUCUCGGUUCUGCUCAACAUACCCUACUUUUUCUGCUUUGUCGUGGACUUGAACACAGCCACUUGCCAUGUCACUAAUUUUUACUACUCCAAAUUAUAUCAGGUGCACAACUGGUUCUCGUUCACACUGCUGGCGGUCACUCCUGCCAUAUGCCUGCUCCUGGGCAACGCGGCCAUCAUCAUCGCCUUCAGGCGUUGGACGAAGCAGGGCAAACGCUGCCAGCAGAGCUGCUCCCGUGACAAUGGGCGUAAUACGAGUAAACGUUAUCAGCAUCAAGUAAAGCUCACCAUCAGCAUUCUAAUUGUCAUCACUUUAUAUAUGGUUGGUGAGCUGCCCGCGCACAUGACGUCGAGAAAGAGUUCUCUGAAUCUACUCUUUGGCGGCGAUACGAGUAAAAUGAAUCCGGAACUGAUGGAGCAUCUGGAGGUCAUAUUUAUUACACUCAAUGCGCUGCAGCUGAGCAUGAACAUAGUGGUCUACGCUGUGAUUAAUCCCAGCUUCAUGCCCGAGUUCUUUCUCUGCCUGCGCGGCGCAUCGGAUGUUUGCUUUCGCUUCUGCUGCUUGACCAGCUUGAGCCGCGGCUGUCAAUGGUGCUGGAGUUGGCGUCGUCGUCGUCGGCAGCCGCACGCCGAAGAACAUGUUGUUAGCACCGUCGAGGCACAGCAGCUGCCGCCGGACCAGGCGCCUCAAUGUGGCUGCGAGAGCUGGAGCAGCGAUUCCGGCUGCAUGGAUGGCACACACUGCAAGAUGGCAGAGGGCACGUUCACCUUCCUUGAUGAUUACCAGACGGAGCAAGACGCGCAACCACAGCCAUCAGUUUUCAUCACCAAUGCCAGUGGGUGCAUGCAGCAGCAAACUCCGCAGGACAAUGAGGAUAUCAUCUCCUGCGCCAUGUGAUCUUAAGUAAUACAGUUACUGGAAU